UGGUGAGAUUUAACGAUUCAUAUGUAGGAUCAAGGAUGGUGAUGGGUGAUGAGUGAUGAGUGAUGACCAAAGUGCUCAUUAUAUUAUGGCAUUGUUUUCACUUGAUAAUAUUUGCUUCAUCUGCUAGUGAGCAUGGAGAGUGAAAAUUGCAGAAAGAGUAUAGUGAUGUUACCACAUCUAGCCCAUGGUCACAUAUCUCCCUUCUUAGAACUAGCUAAACAACUUGCCAAAAGAAGUUUCGUAGUCCAUCUUUGUUCUAGUCCUAUCAACCUUGCUUCUAUCAAGAGCAGAGUGCAUGAAAAUGAUCAUGUUCAACUUGUUGAGUUUCAUCUUCCUUAUUCUCCAGAGCUACCUCCUUGUUAUCAUUCCACAAAUGGCCUUCCAUACAGUCUAAUCCCGACCCUCGAACAAGCCUUUGAGAAGGCAGCUCCAGUUUUCAUUGACAUCCUCAGAGACAUUGAACCGGAUUUGGUUAUUUAUGAUUUUAAGCCUUCAUGGCCUGCAGAGGUUGCUCUGUCGCUGAAUGUUCCGGCUGUUUAUUUUGCAGUCACUGCUGCUGCAGCCUCUUGCCUAGUGGCGCAUCUCUGCAAAAGGGCUGGUGAGGAGUUCCCAUUUCCAGAAGUUGGUGGUGUUUCAAUUGACGCGCAGAAGCUUCCUGAACCUGUACUCAAGGCUUUUAGAGAAAAUGUUUUGUGUUUUGAACGGUCAUGCAGCCUUGCUUUUAUUAGGAGUUUUAGAGAAGUUGAAGAAAAAUAUAUCAAUUUUCUACCAGAUCUGGUGCAGAAAAGUAUAAUUCCUAUCGGUCCACUUGUUCAUGAUCCAACAGAUAAUGAAGAUGAUGAGAUGAAGAAUAUUAUAAAAUGGCUGGACAGAAAAGAAAGAUCUUCUGUGCUUUUUGUGUGUUUUGGGAGCGAGAAUUAUCUAUCUGCAGAACAAGUGAUAGAGAUGUCAAAUGCAUUGGAGAUAGCCAAGUGUGCUUUCAUAUGGUCUGUGAGGUCUCCGCAAGGAGAGGAAAACGGAUGUCUACAACUACCAGAGGGUUUUGUGGAAAAGAUAGGAGAUUCAGGAUUGAUUCUGGAGGGCUGGGCGCCACAAAAGGCGAUCCUGGGACAUCCAAGCACCGGUGCCUUUCUCAGCCAUUGUGGAUGGAAUUCUGUGAAUGAAAGCAUGAAACUGGGGGUGCCAAUUAUUGCCAUGCCCAUGAGAGGGGAUCAGUAUACAAAUGCCAGACUUGUGGUGGAAAUUGGCGUUGGUAUGGCAAUAGCAAGAAACACUGAAGGCAAGUUCAAGAGAGAGGAGAUUGCUAAUGUUAUCAACAAGGUUUUGGCUGAAGAAAGCGGUGAAGGUGUGAGGAGGAAAGCUAGAGAAAUAAAGUUAAAGAUAGAGGGGAAAGGAGAGGAUGAUUUGGACAAGGCAGCUGAGGAGCUGAAGCAAGUUUGCAGCAAGAAGACACAAGCAUACUAGUUUUAUCUAUGGUGUACAAAUCCGAAAUUAAGUGUGCAUAUUUGUUUGAUAAGGAUGUCAGAGUCAAAAAUAUUGGGAAUCUGUUUUGUAACAAAAUAAUUGUUUGUAAAUUUGCGGGAUAGCAUAAAAUUCAAUUCUACUA